AUGCCUGCUGCGCCUGCUCCACAUGCUGCUGUACCAUUUGAAAAUCAAUUACCGGCCGUUAUCGCUGCUGCGAUAGACGAUGCUGCUAUUAAUGGACAAUUAAAUAAUUUCAAUGAUAUUGCAAAUCCACCGCCUGCUAAUGAUGUUGUUAACGAUGUGCACCCACAAUUACAUAUGCUUGCUAUUGAAUGGUAUCCGGAAUCGAAUCCUCUUCAAUUAAAAGAAAAUGGGGAAAAUGAAGAUGCUUCUAAUGUGGGCUCCUCGUCUGAGAACGUUCCAAUGGUUGGCCAGACUAGUGCUUCAAAGAAUUUAAAGAGAGAACUUUUUGAGGAGACUGAUAAUUCUGUUGAGAAUCCACCAACAAAACGACUCAAGUUGGAAGAGGAAACAACCCAUCAAGAAAACAAUUCUAGCCUUCCACCUCCUAAUUUUGUCGAAAAUUUACAAGUCGACUCAAAUCGAAUUAUACCACUACCAGCAGUUCAAGAAGAAAAUUCUGACGACUUAAAUACUACUUGA